AAUUUAACCCUUUAUUACUUGAUCUAAAUAAAUAGUGAUAACUGCUAAGAAGUCAAUUUGCUGCAACUCAAACUCAAAUGACUCCAUUUCUUUUUCUUUCUGUUCCCGCGAGUUUAAUGAUUCAUCUUCAACCAUUAGCUACCUAAAAACCAGACAAACACCACUUGUUUCAGUUUUGAGGAUCCCCAGACAAGAAAAAGAAACAAAAACAUGACACUGUACAUGCCAUUGUUCAGGUCAUGUUCUAGCCUAAGACCACUCACCCAGCUCCACGCACACCUCGUCGUCACUGGCCUCCACCGUGACCAACUUGCCUCUACCAAGCUUCUCGAGUCCUACGCUCAAAUGGGUUGUCUCCAAUCAUCAAGACUCGUUUUCUACGCAUACCCAUCUCCUGAUUCCUUCAUGUUUGGAGUUCUCAUCAAGUGUUACCUCUGGAACCACCUGUUUAACCAAGUGCUUUCGCUUUAUCAUCACCAAAUCCACAAGGGUUCUCAGCUGAUACAGAACUGCAGCUUCCUGUACCCUUCUGUUCUGAGGGCUGCUUCUGGUGCUGGUGACUUGGUUUCAGGCAGAAAAAUGCAUGGGAGGAUAGUUAAAUCCGGGUUUAGCACUGAUCAUGUCAUUGGAACCUCGCUGCUGGGAUUGUAUGGGGAGUUUUGCUGCUUAAAUGAUGCUCGGAAGGUGUUUGAUGAAAUGUGUGACAGGGAUUUGGUUUCCUGGAGCUCCAUUGUUUCAUGUUAUAUUGAGAAUGGGCAGCCGAGAGAAGGACUUGAGAUGUUUCGUUCGAUGGUCUCCGAGGGAAUUAAACCUGACUCGGUUACGUUGCUUAGCAUAGCUGAGGCCUGUGCCAAAGUUAGUUGUUUGAGGCUAGCUAAAUCUGUUCAUGGAUAUGUGAUAAGAAAAGAAAUGGUUGAUGAUGCCAGAUUGAAUAACUCUCUCAUUGUUAUGUAUAGCCAGUGUGGACACGUGUGUAGAGCGAAAGGGCUUUUUGAGUACCUCCAUGAUCCAAGUACUGCUUGUUGGACUUCUAUGAUUUCAUCCUAUAAUCAAAACGGGUGCUUUGAAGAAGCAAUUGAUACUUUCAUUCAGAUGCAGGAGUUAGAAGUAGAACCCAAUGAAGUGACCAUGAUUAAUGUUCUGCAUUUCUGUGCUAGAUUAGGCCGGUUAAAGGAGGGGAAGUCAGCUCAUUGCUUUAUUUUGAGGAAAGCAAUGGAUGCUGCUGAUCUUGAUCUAGGGCCUGCACUGAUAGAUUUCUAUGCUGCAUGUUGGAAAAUAAGCAGUUGUGAAAAGCUUCUUCAUUUAAUGGGAAACAAUAAUAUUGUAUCAUGGAAUACACUUAUAUCUUUCUAUGCUCGGGAGGGUUUAAACCAAGAGGCAAUGACACUCUUUGCACUUAUGUUUGCAAAGGGGCUAAUGCCUGAUUCAUUUAGUUUAGCAAGUUCUAUUUCAGCAACUGCAAGUGCUGGUUCAAUACAAUUUGGACAGCAGAUACACGGCAAUGUCAUGAAAAGAGGCUUCAUGGACGAAUUUGUUCAGAACUCCUUGAUGGAUAUGUAUUCAAAAUGUGGCUUUGUGGACCUGGCAUACUCGAUUUUUGACAAGAUUACGCAGAAAAGUAUUGUGACAUGGAACUGUAUGAUUUGUGGGUUUUCACAGAAUGGCAUUUCAGUAGAAGCUCUCAACCUAUUUGAUGAGAUGUACUUCAAUAGUCUGGAAAUUAAUGAAGUAACCUUGUUAAGUGCAAUCCAAGCUUCCACCAAUUUGGGUUAUCUUGAGAAGGGAAAAUGGAUUCACCACAAGAUCAUUGUUUCCGGUGUACGGAAGGAUCUUUACAUUGACACAGCCCUGGUAGACAUGUACGCGAAGUGUGGAGACCUUCAAACAGCCCAAAGAGUUUUUAAUAGCAUGUCAGAGAAAAGUGUGGUGUCAUGGAGCACCAUGAUUGCCGCUUAUGGCAUCCAUGGUCGAAUAAAUGCUGCCAUCUCACUCUUCACUAAAAUGGUUGAGUCAGGAAUUAAACCAAAUGAAGUAACCUUCAUGAACAUCUUAUCUGCCUGCAGGCAUGCUGGAUCAGUGGAGGAAGGGAAAUUAUAUUUCAACUCAAUGAAGGAUUAUGGCAUAGUGCCCAAUGCUGAACAUUUUUCCUCCAUAGUUGACCUUCUAAGCCGCGCCGGUGAUAUCAAUGGAGCAUAUGAAAUAACUAAAUCGAUGUUCCGGCCUAUAGAUGCUAGCAUAUGGGGAGCUCUGCUGAAUGGAUGUAAAAUACAUGGCAGGAUGGACAUGAUUGAAAACAUCGAUAAAGAACUUAGAGAAAUAAGUACAGAUGAUACGGGGUACUAUACUUUGUUAUCUAACAUAUAUGCAGAAGGAGGGAACUGGUAUGAAUCCAGAAAAGUGAGAUCAAGGAUGGAAGGAAUGGGCCUGAAGAAGGUACCUGGGUACAGCACAAUUGAGAUAGAUAGGAAAAUCUUCAGAUUUGGAGCUGGAGAUACUUCUGAGUUGCUAAUGAAAGAAAUUUACAUGUUUUUAGAAAAAUUUCAAAGCUUGGCACAGGAACAAGGAUGUGAUGUAGAAUGCUAUAGUACAGUGUAUGGUACUAGAUCUAGUGUAUUUCUUGAGGAUUGUAGUGUUCAUAACUUGCAGAGAGAAGAUAGCAGUUGCACUUGAGAUAAA